AUGUCCCUGGAACGCGUGCAGUCCGGGGAGCCGCCACGAUACUUGCUGCUACUUCCCCCCGCACCGGAACCAGCGACAGCGUCUGCAUUGAAAUCAAUAUAUGGCGAGACGGUCAUUGAUGUGCUCAAAGAAGUGGCCGCCCACUCGUCCGAGACGAGCAAGGCGUCAGUUCUGGAAGUCGCAUUGGCCUGCCCUCAUCUAGUCGAUGCACAUAACAAGUCACGCUCGAGUUUGUACGACCAGACACAAUCACUUGUCGCAGGUGUUUACAAGCUCGUCACUGUCAUUGCAACGCAGGAGAACAUCAACAUCGAAGACUUUGAUGGGGUCGACGUGAGAGUGAUCUUGGUCGCCUGGUCAGGAGAUGACAGCUCCAAGUCAUCUGGGAAAGCACCUUAUGGCCCAAUCGUUGAUAUCGGGACACUGGCAAGGUCAGGGAGGCAAUGGCAGUUCGCGUUUGGAGUCGAGUCAGAAGCUGGCGAAAGCAUUUUCAAGGCGUUCGCAAUGGCCAAGGCCAGCACUAAUGAAGUUGGACAAGUCCAGAGCGGCUCUGACUCGAAUGUCCUAAAUACCACAUCGACAUCAGAAGACAAAGUACCAAGUAGCACAGCACCUGAAAGCCUGGCGCACGAUCGUCACUACGAUGUGGCUGUAGGAGGAACCUGGGAUCAUUUACACAUUGGGCACAAGCUCCUAAUCACCAUGACUAUCUUCGCUGUCGAUGAUGCCAGCGAGCCCAAAGAGCGAAGCGCGACAAUUGGCAUCACUGGCGAUCAGCUGCUUGUCAAGAAGAAGCACGCCAACCUGGUCGAGAGCUGGACUGAUCGCCAAAAGGCUGUGGCCACAUUCUUCAACGCCAUUCUUGAUUUCUCGCAGCCAGCUUCGUCUGGUCAGCGACACGCAAGUAUACGAGAUGAUCCUGAGCCGAAUGGAAAGUCGAUUGACAUACACUAUCCGAAUGGGCUGGUCGUCAAGUGUACAGAAAUUCAAGAUCUUUUUGGGCCGACCAUUACCGAGGAGAAGAUCUCUGCGCUGGUCAUUAGUGCGGAGACGAGGUCGGGUGGGAGGGCUGUCAACGACAAGCGGAAGGAGCAGGGGUGGAAGGAGCUUGACGUUUUUGAAGUCGAUGUCCUGGAUGCUGAGGAGGAAGGUCAAGGAGCUGGUGUCAAGGAAGGGUUUGACAGUAAGAUCAGCAGCACCGCGAUCCGGGAGAAGCUGGCUCGCAAGUCUGGAGGGAAGAUGUGA